ACGCUCAUCAUGGCUCAUCCUCUACUGCUGCUGGUGCUAAGCGCCUCUCUGGUCGCCUCGGCUCAAGGAUAUCUCAACAUUUUCAUCAGUCACCACGAGGUGAUGAAGCUAAUGGGACUGGAGGCUGAUUUGUUCUAUGUGCACGAGGGAGCCAUUAACACAUACGCGAUGCACUUCACAGUUCCCGUGCCAGCCGAUGUCCACGAACUCGAGUUCUCCUGGCAGAGUCUCAUCCCCUAUCCGCUACGCUACACCAUCAGCAUAGAGUACGCCAACGACCAGGAUGCACUUGGCACUCCCACGCUGAGCAUUCCGCACAAGGGCCUGGUGCCGCAGGAGAUCGAGUCAUUCCUCGUCUACCUGCCAUGCACUGGUAACGCCAGCCUUCAACUGCCAGUCAACGUUAACAUGGUCGUCCAAGGACCGCCCCGCUUCAACGACACCCGCCUCCACUUUAAGCGCAACAAGAUCUGUGCCAAGGGCAUCUCCCCUGAGCCGAACCAGUCGCCUGCCCCAGCACACGCUCCUCCAAGGACGCUGGCGCUAAUGAGCGCUGCGCUGUGCUUGGCUGAGUGUUGGCCGUGCAGCCUUGUGCCGUAUUCAUUGAUGCUUUGCAGCAUGAGCACGCCCAAGAGCAGUCGCGGCCACGGCAGCGGCAACUUGUUUGGCAGCCUCGCCACCGGCAGCACCAUGACUGUUGCCAGCCACGGGCUGAGCGAGAAGCCCAAGGAGCGUCUACGUCGCAUUCCCAGCGUUCAGCCCGGCGCACUCAACUACGAGCAGCUCAUCAAGGAGGGCACCUAUGGCCGCAUCUACGCCGGCAAACUGGGCGAGACUUGUGAUGCGCUCGUUAAGACUGUCAUCGAUGGCGCCUCGCUCACCCAAGUGGCCUGUCUGCUGAGCGACGCUUCGCUCUUGAUUGGUGUUAGCCAUCAGCAUAUAUUGGCGCCUCUGUUGGCCAAUACGGAGCUACCUGGCCCGCCCGAGAUCGCCUAUCCCUACCCGUCCAAGGGCAAUCUCAAGCUCUACUUGCAAAAGUCGCGUGAGUCCAGCACCGCUCUGAGCACCCGCCAGCUGGUGGAGUUUGGUCUGCACAUUACCAAGGCGCUGGCUUAUUUGCAUUCGCUGGGCAUUGUGCACAAGGAUUUGGCCACACGCAAUUGCUAUUUGGACGAAGAGGCUUAUGUAAAGAUUUGCGACAGUGCGCUCUCGCGAGAUUUGUUCCCGGACGACUACGACUGUCUGGGCGAUAAUGAGAAUCGUCCGCUCAAGUGGCUAUCGCUGGAGUCGCUGCAGAAGCGAGUUUAUAAUACGCAGGGCGAUGUCUGGUCAUUGGGCGUGCUCUACUGGGAGCUGGUGACGCUGGCGCAGAUGCCGCACGAGGAGGUGGAUAUAUUUGAGCUUACCAAUUACCUGGCGGCUGGCUAUCGAUUGGAGCAGCCAGUCAACUGUCCAGAUGAAUUCUUUACGGUGAUGAAUUGCUGCUGGCACUGCGAGCCAAAGCAGCGACCGACGCCCAACCAGCUGCUGUCCUAUUUGCAGGACUUUCAUGUGGAUCUGGGCAUGUAUAUCUAAGGCGGAGAGUAUCAACGGACUGACAAGCACCGCAGGCUCUACGAAGCGCUGAAGUGUCUCGAUUGCAUAAGCAUUAACCGUAAGCGUAGUAAGCGUAAAUUAAUUGAAAACUUUUUGCAUUUUAAAUGUGGGAUUUAAAUUGUGAACUACCUGUUAGCUAAGCAAGUAGUAAACUUGAGCGACAUUUAAGCCGUUCGAGUGGCAAACAAAACUGCCAAUUAAAUCAACAACGACUUGAAAUUGUUGCAGCAACAGCAACAGCAAAGCGCAACUUGAGGCAACAGACACUCUUAGUAGUUAGCAAUUGAAC